GUCAGAGGGUCGUUACCUGGUCCCGCCCACAGACCUGAGGUCAGAGGGUCAGAACUGAGUCCUGAUCCAGAUGGUGUGGUCCGUCCUCAGGUCCCUGUUGUCUCAUGAUGCUGGGACCAGGUCAGGGUCUGAUGAGGAUCAGUGAAGUGGGGAAUAGUGAGUGACUUAUGACGGAGUCUCCAAAAUGGCGAUGAUCCAUGAUGCUGCUGCGCAUGUGUGGUCUCUGGAGAGGCGUGGCUCGAGUGACGCAUCAGGAAGUGAUUCUCACGUGCGUCGGACUGUUCGGUGUGUGGAUGAUGGCCUCACUAGACGACCAGCUGUGUCUGAACAUCAGCAGCAGUUUCCCCUCGGCUCCGUCUGGCAGGAGGAAACCUCUGAGCACUCAGCAGCGAUGGGCCAGAAAGAAGCAGCGAGCGGAGGAGAGGAAGUUAAGCUCCGCCCCAGAGAAGGCGGAGCCCUCGUCCAAACAGAUGAGGCUUCAGGAAGCUGAGACCGAGGCUCCUCCCCCUGAAGACCUACUGGCUCCACCCCCUGAGCCGACAGACAGGGGUGCACAACAACAACAACAGAAGAAGAAGAAGAAGAAGAAGAAGGAUGGCGUGACGGAGGCAGGAAGGAGCAGCAUCAGGACUUCCUCUCUGUUCAAACACAACCCAGAUAUUCCUGAGAUCGUCAGUUCGACUGUUUCUCAGCUGAAGGAGAAAAUUUUCACUAGUGACUCGUUUUCAGAGCUUGAACUGCACCCCCACCUGGUGGCGACAUUGAACAAAGACCUGAAUGUUUCUACACUGACAAGUGUUCAGAAACAGACAAUCCCAGUUCUGCUGUCGGGGCGAGACGCGGUGGUUCGAUCCCAGACGGGGUCAGGUAAAACGCUGUCGUACGCCGUCCCCCUGGUCCACAGUCUUCAGCUGGUGCGGCCCAAGGUCAGCAGGUCAGACGGUCCGAUGGCCGUCAUCAUCGUCCCCACGAGAGAGCUCGCCCAGCAGACGCUGCAGAUCUUCCAGAAACUUCUGAAGCCGUUCACCUGGAUUGUCCCAGGGGUUCUGAUGGGAGGAGAGAAGAGGAAAUCAGAGAAGGCCCGGCUCCGUAAAGGAAUCAACGUCCUGGUCUCGACUCCUGGACGUCUGGUGGAUCACAUCAGAAACACGCUGAGCAUCGUGUUCAGCUCGGUGCGCUGGCUGAUCCUGGACGAGGCCGACAGGACGUUGGAUCUGGGCUUUGAGAAGGACGUGACCGUCAUCUUGAACAGUCUGAACUCUACAGGACCGAGCAGGCAGAACGUCCUGCUGUCUGCGACACUCUCACAUGGUGUGACGCACCUGGCUGAUGUUUGUCUCAACGACCCUGUCAGCAUCCACGUGUCAGGCCCCGCCUCCUCUGAGCUCACCACCAUCAACACUGGAACCUCUGACCCCAGCCCAGCCAGCCAAUCAGAGAGCUUUGCACUGCCCGAGGCCUUGCAGCAGUUUGUGGUGGUGGUUCCCAGUAAGAUCCGACUGGUGUGUCUGGCUGCAUUCAUAAUGAACAAAUGUCAGUUAUCUCAGAACAACAAACUCAUCGUCUUUGCCUCGAGCUGCGAGGUCGUGGACUUCCUCCACUGCCUCUUCACCUCCGUCCUCUCUGGGCCCUCGGCCAAUAAGAGGCCUCCGCUCAGCUUCCUGCGUCUCCACGGCAACUUGAAGCAGGAGGAACGUUCCGAGGUCUUCCAGCAGUUCUCACUGUCGAAGUCCGGAGUUCUGCUGUGUACGGAUGUAGCAGCCAGAGGUCUGGAUCUUCCUCAGGUCACUUGGAUUGUUCAGUUCACUCCUCCGUCAGCGGCGGCGGAGUACGUCCACCGUGUCGGCCGCACGGCUCGGAUAGGAGGACAAGGAAGUAGCCUCCUCUUCCUCACCCCUGCCGAGACCGCCUUCAUCGAUGAGCUGGCCAAUCACAACAUCAGCCUAUCAGAGAUGAAGCUGCUGGACAUCCUGUCCAGUCUGAUGAUGGAUGAUGCGUACAAAGGGCGGGGCAAAUACCACAGCAAGACGUCUUCUCGAGCUCUGGAGCAGGAGAUCCGAGAGCGAGCCACGGUUCUGCAGACGCACUUCGAGAACUUUGUUCACGCAGAUGCUGAGUCGCUGCAAAACGCCAAGAAAGCUCUUCAGUCCUUCCUGCGGGCCUACACCACCUACCCCGCUCACCUCAAGCACAUCUUCCACAUCCGCUCCCUCCACCUGGGACACGCCGCCAAGAGCUUCGGCCUCCGAGACGCUCCUCAGAGUCUGUGCUCGGGGGCUUCGGGCCCCCGGAACAAGAACAAGAGACAGGCGAGGAGCCCGGAGAGGAACCAGGAGAGGAACCAGAAGAAGAAGACGGGCGGCAGCGGGGCGGCAGGGCGUGCUGAGAGGAGGUUCCGUCCCGGUCAGAGGGACGUCCUUAUGCUCCACUCCGAGUUCUCCAGCGGUUUGGACGAACAAGACGCAAAGAAGAAGAAGAAGAGAAGGAAGACCAUUGGUCAGUCAGGAGAGGAGGAGGAGCUGGAGUGCCCAUGAGCAAGGGGCCAACCUUUACAGCUGACUCAUCACCGUGACAUCAUCAACCUGAGACGGAGCGGUCAGGUGUCAACAGGAAGUCAGAGUUCACACUGAAGACAAGAGACACAAUACUACACUCACACACUUCGAAAAGUCAAGCCAAAGCCUGUAUCGCCCCCUGGUGACUGACUGCGGUAUAGGUCAUAAACCUCCAUGUUAGCAGAUGGGACAUGGACCAAACUAAAAAGUAAAAGUAGAUAUUAAAUAAAUGUUUGUAAAGAUGUUUCUGUCGUUUCAGUUCUUCUCUGAUGUUUGUUCAAGUUUCUCAUCAGUUUGGUUUGAAUCAGUUAUUUGACGAGUUAAAAACCGGCAGAGACUGACUCCUGAUUGGUUGAGAACAUGAAUGGGCGGGACCUCGAUCGCCACUGUAAAUGAUGUCAUCACAACAAAUGGCAUGGUUUGUAUCUGAGAUGUUUUAGAUUCAUUUGUGUAGAAGUGGAAACGACAACUUGUCCAGUCAUCAAAUCUUCAGACACGAUUUAACAUCAAGAGUCAAACAGAACAAGAACAGAGCAAAACAUUGUAACAGAUUUUUAUUGAAAAUGUAAAAAAAAGAUUUAAUUUCAAAUGUUUUCAGAGGAAAGUUUUAAUCAAAACAUUAAAAACGUGUUGUUCAAUG